AUGGUCCUGGGCCGUCUCAUUCGCUUCCUUGAGGCCGAGCACCUGGCUUUGAUCAGAACAAAGUGGUUGACCAAACUGUUUGUCUUGGGUGACGUGAUUUCUUUCGUGACGCAGGGCGCAGGCGGCGCAAUCCUAUCCCGAGCAAAGUCUCUAUCCGACGUUGACCUCGGCGAAAACAUCAUCAUCGCCGGCCUCGCCGUCCAAAUUCUCUUUUUCGGAGGCUUCAUCAUCGUCACCUUUCUGUUCCACUAUCGCAUCAAUCAGAACCCCACUGAUCCCUGCAACUCUGCCUCCCUGCGCUGGAGACCGUUCCUCUGGAUCCUUUAUGGCGCAAGUCUUCUGAUCAUGAUUCGGUCGGUUUUCAGGGUUGCCGAGUACGUCACUGGUAGCAAUGGAGCGCUGAUGGCAAGCGAGGUGUACAUUUACGUCUUCGAUGCGGCGCUGAUGUUCCUUGUUGCUGCCGUGUUCAAUGUGUUUCAUCCGGGUACCAUUAUUCAGACAGAGAACAAGUUGACGGCCAUCUCGGAGAGCAGCGUGCCUCUUGAUUUGCAGACUUUCACUUAG